AUGUCCAUGGAUAAAAAAGUCUCAGAAGAGCUGACGAAUGUUAGGACUGUUGAGCAGAUACCCGUGUCCUACACUUGCAUUCCACGAAAGGACGACAUUUCGAAUUGGCCUCAUUUGAGAGACGUCGAGUUGUUGGAGUCCUGUGUGUCAGAUGUUGGUCUAAUAAUUGGUCUUAAGAGCGGCUGUCCGUAAAUAUCGCCUGGGGGUGUGCAAAACAAAACAAUCGAACAUCCCCAAACUUUGUCAGAAUAUACGUGUAGGUAAACUAUUUCUAGAAAAAUAACUUUCAGUUCGAUUGCAUUUUUAUUUUACGUUUACUGUGACCGAGUCGGUUCGGAGGCUCUCAGAUCAGUUUUCACGGGCUCAAGACCAUAUAUUACUUAAAAAUCGUUUAAAAAUUAAAGAAGUAAGAAACUCUGCCUCUGAAAAUCUUAAAAGAGAGAGUACAACUCAACCAAUAGUUUCGAUGUGAAAUUUUCCUAUUCGACAGCAAAUCUAAUAUUUUUCGGAUUUUUAAUAAUUUUACUUAUUUUACCGAUUUUUGACAGACAUAAAAUUGGCAAAUUUCAGACACAAAAAUCCCUACUUGGUAUACGGCUUUGAGCCAUAACUUACCUACUGAUAGAAAGAGCAAGGUGUCUUCCUCAAAUAAAUGCAAUAAAAUUUUUGGGCAAUCCUGCAGGGAGAAUUUUUGAACGCCAAACAAAAGCGACCCUUGAUUUCAAAACACGCCAUUUUGUCACGACAUUCGAAGGGCAAAAACAACGAUACUCCUCGUUAAAAAGACAUUGCCGAGACAAUUUCUUUUCAAACAGCUAUAUGCCUUGUUCUGUGGAUUUUGUUGGGAACCGUUUGCUAACAAGUGACAUUUUGCGUCUUCCAAUAUCUAUACUCUUCGUAAGUUGUCGCGGUCGAAAGCCCAUCGAAAUGUCAUAGCUUUUUAGGACUCAAAAUAAUUCACACAAUUCAAUAUGGACUUGUAACUUUCCACUGUCUUCCCAUCCCGGGCCAAAUACUUGUAUAUCACCGAGAGGGAAUGUCACGUUUGCGUGACACAGAACAGGAAGAGCAAUGCACUUCAAACCGGAAGCUGACUGAACAAUUUAAGUAGCAGGCCUAGACAGUCAUUCAAAACUAUCCCAGCCUGAAACUAUCCCGUCCUAGGACGUCUCUCUUUUUUUUCUUUAUAUUUUAGCUGAUUAGAUCUUUUUGCUAGAGAUCCAAAGUUGACAACCAGCGGGAUAUUCGUUUACGGCUUCUGGAGAUUAUUUCUUAAAGUUUCGAAGUGGGCAACAAAUUCAAUAGAAACGUUUAUAAUUGUAAACAACAAUCUUUAAAAAGUUAACUAGUUAAAACAUGAGAGACUGAAUGAAUGACUGGAUGACUGAACACACUAUGACAACCUUCCACUUCCGGUUUAAGAAAUAAACUGCAAAAGGCGUGGACGAAGAUCCUGCGUGGUGGUCGCCAUCGUUUGAUCUCUAGAAAAAAAGAUCUAAUCAGCUAAAAUAGUGAGAAAAUAAAACUGAGACGUCCUAAGACUACUGCAACGUGUAUCACUCGAGUACACAACGCUGUCAGCAGCUGCAAGAUUGACAGGAAGCUUUGUCGCUAAGUUUGCUAUGAUUUUGUCAUCCACAAAGAGGACAUCUUAAGCUCUUCUAGUGAGACUGCAUUCGGCCUUAAUCCUUGAACCUGAAACGGACAGCAGAGGCGUACAGCGUGCUGCCUUUAAUGUACGUACUGUUGUACCAUAUUUGGAAUAUUAUCACAGGAUGCCCAUCCAUUAUGGAAAUGUGGUCAAUCUGGGACAUCCUAAAAUCCAUAAAAAUAGUGAAAUUAUGCCAAAAAUGUGCUAACUCCAAAAAGCUGCUCAGAAUCUAAAGUAGUGCAAAAUCGUACAAGUUGCUAAAAGUUACCGAGCGGAAUCUGUCUAAGCCUAGAUUUAAAUUUAGCGGAAACUUUGUUUUUCUUUUGGUUGUGUUUUACACCUAGUGUAACCCCAAUUCCACACCCCGACUCCCUGCCCCUAGGCUUCGGUAGAUUGUGCUCGAAAAAAAAGCAUAUUAUGCUUUUAGCAGUGCUCAUAUUUUUAAGAAAUUAUGCCAAAAUUAUGCUACUUUCUGAAAAUUAUGCUCUCUGUCACUGAAAUUGUGCUACUUAGAUUAUACACUGAUUUUAAGGAAAUUAAAGAUCAUCAGUAGCUUAACUCUAUCAAUUUUGACUUUAAUGAACAUUCAUAUAGUCCACCUUCCAAUCUUACAGUCCUUAGCAUCGCAAAUACGCAUGUGCGCACCUCGAAAAGCCAAAUGAUUAACAAAUGAUACCAAAAUCAACCGUUUCUGGGUUCUGAAUCUGGGUCAGAAAGUUAUAGCCCGCAUACUUGUUUAAAGCUCUCGGUACGGCACUGGAAGUGGUGGAAGUGAAUGUACUCAAAGACGACGCCAUCUUUGAUCUGAGGCCUGAGGGUGGCCAUAAGCGUGGUGGCCUGAGGAGAGUCUCAGUCUCUAAGAUAUGCACAGGGUGACUUUUGCCGCCUGCCGGACCAUAUUUGACCAAGAGCCUUGGCACAGACCUCAAUAUUUUCCAAAAACAAUACAGAAAUAAAAUACAAACUGAAUUAUUCUAGAGCUAUGAUGGGUUUCUUUGUUUUCAACGCUUAAAAGCUCGGAUUAUGCUAGCAGUGCUAAACUGAAAUAAAAGCUCAAAAUAAUGCUCGUUCUGCUGAAUUAUGCUUAAAAUUAUGCUAGCACAAUCUACCAAAGCCUACCUGCCCCACCCUACCUUCGCACGCGCACAAGCUGUGAGACACAGUCCCUCGUUGGCUUGGAUGCCAGAAGAUUUAGCAGUAAGACCAUUGACUAUUUUCCAAUUCCCCAUAAUACACUCUGUCUGCCCCCCAAAUUUUGCAUAACUUAUUGCUUUAAAAUGCUCUUGGGAAAAUGCAAUACUCCCAGGAGCAUUUAAAAACAAUGGUUUAUGCAAAAUUUGGGGGGCAAACAGAGUGUAUUAUGGGGAAUUGGAAAAUAGAGAAUUGAACUACUAAGUCCCAAAAGGGUAAAUUUGCUUAUCAGCUUAUCAGAUUUUCUGUUAUUACCCAAUGAAAUUGGAAGAAUACUGUGCUGCAGAAUGUUAGAAGAGAGUAGGUGGACAUGCUUAAAAUCUCAGUAAUUAGUUACAAGAGCACGAUUAGUUUUAGGGGGUGGGGGGGGGGGGGGGGUUCGCUGCUUCAUUUUUCAUGAUUCUGUCCAAGAUUGUAGCUCCACGGGUGCUCCUAUAAUAUGAUGAUCUUUUGGCUUAAAAUAAGCAUGCCAGGAUAAUCGGACGAGAUAUCCCAAAAUAGUGGAUGACGCAUGUGGCAUAAUUUUUUGUUUAUCAAACGUUUCGUCAGUCUCCUGGUUUCGUAAUCAGUUCGUCGUACUUUCAACCAGCCAACGGACAUAUCUUUUUUACUUUUAGAUUUUAGUUUUAGGAAGGAUUUAUUGCAUUAUGCAGCACAAAUCUUACUUACUCCUACCAGAACUUUUCAGACACAGAGCUGCUGACAUUCCCUCCCCCUCCCGCUGGAGCAUCACCCUACCCUUGAACAAAAGUGAGUAACGCAUUCUCCUUCCCGCUCCGAGCAGUUACGGUGACCAGUCACUAGCCGGUUAUAUAUACCGCACUAGCCGGUUAUAUAUUUCCAAAAUAUCUUCAUUUCCUAAGAGAUAAGUAUUAUAUUUAGUCUUAAUACAUCAUUAUGUAAGUCAACGUCGGUAAAUCUGUUCUUUUAUGUGCAUGAAUCCAAUUGGUAGUAAGUUUUGAACCUAGGGUUUUGAAACAUAUGAUCCGAAUGCUGUCAAACAUUAACCGCCAGUUUAAUAAAAUUAGGCUUUCGACUGCCAACGGGCGCGUUGUAAGUGAAAUAAUUAGGCAAAAGAAGUGCAAAUAAGUCGAGUCUAAUCAAUAUUGCUCAAGAGCAUAGAGCUUUUGGAGGAAUCUGGCCAAUAGAGCAUUGUUAUUGAUUUAACCGCCUUCGAAUGUCGUGACAAAACGGCGUGUUUUGACCUCAAGGGUCGCUUUUGUUUGGCGUUCAACAAUUUUCCCUGCAGGACUGCCCAAAAAUUUUAUUGCAUUUAUUUGAGGAAGCCACCUUGCUCUUUCUAUUGGUAGGUAAGUUAUGGCUCAAAGCCGUAUACCAAGUAGUGAUUUCUGUGUCUGAAAUUUGCUAAUUUUAUGUCUGUCAAAAAUCGGUAAAAUAAGUAAAAUUAUUAAAAAUCCGAAAAAUAAUAGAUUUGCUGACGAAUAGGAAAAUUUCACAUCGAAGCUAUUGGUUAAGUUGUACUCUCUCUAUUAAGAUUUUCAGAGGCAGAGUUUUUUACUUGUUUAAUUUUUAAAAGAUUUUUAACUAAUAUAUGGUAUUCUCAAACUCAUUAAUAAUUCAUAAAGAAAAUUCAAAGGAAAUUAAUGUUUAACGAGUGUUUGGAUAUCGGAUGAAAAACUGCUCAUUUUUGCAUCCUUAACUUCUCCUUCAAAAAUGAUUUUGUUUGAGAAGAAAUAUCAAACAUUCCACAGUGUUUCAUCACCAGAUGAAACACCUCGAAGUUUGUCAAAAAUACUCCGCUACGCGUCGUAUUUUCAACUCUCUUCUCGGUGUUUCAUCUGGUGAUGAAACACUGCGUCUCAUGUUUGAUAUAUUACUUGAACGCGUGAAAACUGAUCUGAAAACCUCCGAACCGACUCGGUUGCUGUACGCGUAAAAUAAAAAUGCAAUCGAACUAAAAGUUAUUUUUCUAGAAAUAGUUUACCUAGACCUAUAUUCUGACAAAGUUUGAGGAUUUUCGAUUUUUUCAUUUUGCACACCCCCAGGCGAUAUUUACAGACGGCCGCUCUUUGAGAGAAGCCUACACUGUUUAUCCCAUUAGAGUGCAGAUCAGGUGGAGAUAGCGAGCCGGUAGCAGUGCAAUAUUCCCUGGGUUGGACAGUUAUGGGUCCUCUGAGCGGGACAAGAGUUGAUGACCGUUGUUCCAUCAACUUUGUUCGCCUGGGAAACAAAGAGUUUUACGUUGAU